ACCAGAUAUACCAAUUUUCAGGUGACGUCUGUGGCUGUUGACACGUUUCUUAAGCUCACUAAUAGAGGCACCGCGACCUCGCAAUACAGGAAAAUACCUCAAACAUCAAACAUUGUUGUGGUCUCAGCUACCCAAAAACGAUUAAUGAUCUUCCUCAGGUAGUUCAGUCACAAAACGCUUAGAUGCAUCACUUGACAACUCCUCCUUCUCUGAGAUGUUUCUCCACAAUCUAGUUUAUUUAGCCUGACGCAUUACUAUUACUGAUUUUGUUGACUUCUAGGCAUCAGAUCGAAGUCAGGGAAUCAAGCGACAAAGUAAGUUAUACAAGCAUUCUUUGGGGGUUUGUUACUGCCAUCCAUUUUUCCAUAGAAGAUGAGUUAAAUUAGUAUUAACCUAAGUCCUAACCAUUUCCAAGCAGUUUGAAGCCAUGAAAGUACUUGGCGAUUGUAGCAAUUCUGUUUCUUUAGCUUUCACUGAGAAGCACUGAAUUGUGAUUUUGGAAUCUGAUAUUUUAUCGUAUUUUAUUUCAGGUCAAACCAGUUUAACACUUGGUUCGAUUAAGAAACGACAGAAAACUCGAAAGUUUCCAAUGACAGCAGGCUCUUGGACUGGUGUCCAGGACUCCAGCAAUGUUCAGAGUAAGUAUGUUAAAUGACAGCAGUUAAAUUGUUAUAUAUGCAAAAUUUUCCACUCAGGAAAAUUUUCCGCAGAAAGAAAAUUUUGUAAAAUGUGAUUGCCCAACACAAAUUGCCCGACACAAAGUUGAAAAUUUUCAAUGGUAUUUUCGAUGGUUGAAAUUAAUUUCGGGAGAAAAAAAAAUGACAACUGUUUUUCGAAUUGGUCUAUGAUGAAUAAUUUCUUUUUCUAGAUGUACAAGUAUUAAGAACACAUUCAGAGACAAUGGCUCCGUUGGUUACUGCUGCUGCUCUGGCUAGUUCUGAAGAGAAAAACACGAAAAGUAGGUUCUUUUCGUAUCACGUACGUGUGCCAUUAUAGCUCCCUAUGAACGUAAAAAUGCACAAGUUCACCACACAAGGUUGUAACAACGUUGUUAUAUCAAGACUGUAGGCGUAGCAGACUUGUUGGAACAACCUUGCAACAAGUCUGAUAAUAUCAACAAGGUGGUUACAAGUUGUUAACAGCUUAUUCCAAACUUGUUAACAGGUUAUUCCAAACUUAUUGACAACUUGGGACAAGCAGUUGGAACACAACUUGUUGACAGCUUGUUGGCAGAUUUGCUGCAAGAUGUGAGAUUUUGCAUGAGGGACCACCCAUGGAAUUACAGCAUACUGCAUAUAUUUAUGUCGCGAAAUGCUGCAAAACCGCAGCUAGAAGGUACAGUAUACCGAAUUCCGGCGAACUUUAAGCCACAACCGCGAAAAAAGCGAGAUGGAUGCACAGCACAACUUAAAGAAAGUAGCCGGCAGUAAGCCUCACAACAUCCGCCUCCAGUGGCUGCUGACUUGUUUUGAAAGCCCCUGACAUUGGUAGCAAUGACUUACGAUGUAAUAAUAUCUAUUUUUAAGAAACCGGUUUGAAAUCAGAAGCAAGCUCAUCCCAGGACUCGAGUGUGUUGGACGCUCUCGCGACUCUGGCAACGGCCACAUUACAUCAGACGACGUGCAUACCAUCUGCUCCAACUAACUCGAUCGCAAUGGCGAUGUCCGCUGUUGGAAAACAAAGCGUAACCCUUUCCCCGUUGACGAUCCCACCCAACACACCGAGUCAACUAUUGAGUAACAUUACCCCGAUGACCCCUCCCAUGUGGGGGAAUGUCCCCCCACUUCAAUCCCCUCUGGCUGCCCUCUCCACUAUUUCAGCGCUUUCACAACCUGCACAGCCUUCACCUUUGAACAUUCCCAUGCAUCAACUCCCGUUUGCUGUGCCAAUCGGGUUCAACAGCCAAUCGGGAAGUGCUACUGGUAAUCAGUUGAUUAUUACGCAAGUUCCUAUCGCUGGUCAUCAGAAUGUUACCGCGCCUAGUGCCCAGUCUACCGUCACUGUCUCGUCCAUAACAGGUUCAGGUGAGAAUAACGCCAAAAUUUGGAAUCACACUGAAUGUUUCACUUGAGUUCACAUCAGUGUAAAAGCCCGAAGUGAAAGACAUCAACCUGGUUCCCAGGCUCUCUCCUCUCGUCAAAUGUAAGACGGUGACGUCAGGACGACGGCUAAACAAACUGUUUGAAAUAAAUGAUUGUAUGAAAAUCUUGUCUUGUAUUUACUUUUGUAUGAAUUUAAAAUAGUUUCGAACAAGUAAAACAGAGCUUUAACCCUCCGAGCAAUGUUGAUCAACUCUGCUAGAAAAACUACCUGUCACGGCGUGCAAUGCAUACAGGACGUGAAAAUAUACAUUUUGCCGUUGUGAACAGAGCUUGGACGACGUCUAGAACCCCUGUUAGACUUUAAAUUAUUCAUUUCUUUUGUACUUUAGGAUUAAUGUCAUUAUAUUGAUAGCCGUCGUCCUGACGUCACCGUCUCACAUUCGUAAACUCCCUGAUGUCACCCUGGGAACGAGCUUGAAAAAACGUGCGCAUUAAUCACUGUAUACCACUUUGUAUUUUUAGCUGUAUCUUCAGUUGUUGAUCAGUCGUCAUCAAGCGAAGCGACUCAGUCCAACACUCAGACCACCGCCUAUCUUCUUCCUAUUGUAGGAGGACCUGGGGGACAAGGUACUUGUACUUGUUUAGUAAUGGUUAAAAGGGGGGCACCCCCUGAUGUAGCCGCCAAGACAGGGGUGGAAAUAAUAGGCAAGCACCGCGAGUAGGAAUUUUUAAAUUUUGAGUUGAAGAUUUGUAACUAGAAAAUAAGAACUCAUGCUUGACAGACAUAAUAAAGACAGGACUUGAAAUAACGUUCCCAAAGUUCCCGAUCGUGGUGAUCGGCAGUCAUGACUUUCCCUGCUUUUUUUCAGGUUGGAAACCUUGCUUUUCUGCCGAUCAUAAGCGAUUUCGUCCGAUCUUUGAUCAAGCUCUGUAAAGGUGUUCAGAUUUGACUUCCACUCUCGCUACCUUUCGGCUUUCACAUAUUUGAUUGGUUAAUCGGCUAGAUUAAACGCAUCUGAUUGGUUAAUCGGCUAGAUUAAACGCAUCUGAUUGGUUAAUGGUAGUGGAAGACUGGAAGUCAAAAUCUGCAUGAACCUUUAGAUUUAUUCCCUAAAGGUGGAGUAAUACAGGCAACAAAAUUGCUGCAACUUACAACAAAAUCUGAUUUCAACGCAUGUUAAGUAGAAAUGUUGACACGUGUUGCCUCGUGAUUUGUAAUUAAUGUGGAUAAACAUUUUCAAUUAACAUACGUUGAAAUCAGAUUUUGUUGCAAGUUGCAGCAAUUUUGUUGCCCGUAUUACUCCAGCUUAAGUUCGAAACCAUGCUCAGCACGCAGUGCUUAGUACACAGUGCUCAGUGCUCGGCACACAGUGCUCAAUACACAGUGCUCAGUACACAGUGCUCAGUACACAGUGUUUGUGGGGAGUAUGGUUAUGGAGAAUGCAUGCCGCUUUUAUCUUCAAGUUGUGCUCACAGGAAGGAAAUUUGUUUUGUCUUCAGGUCAUUUAUUUUUCUCUGCUCCUGAUGGAACACCACAAUUCGUCGUUGACAGCAGUCAUUUAAAUCAACAGCAAUUGGCCAAUGUGGAAACUACAACGUCAGAGAAACCUAAUACGCAGCAGGUACACUAUUCGUACAGUUUCAAAUCUGGACGUACUACGAAACAAUGUUGUGAAAGCAUUCGUGAUGCUACUCAAACGUUUCCACUUUCCCUGUGUGUAUACCAGUGAAGCCGGAGUCACAAUCUUUUUCAACGGCCAGUUUAUAAUAGUUUAUACCUGUAAAUCACAUAUAAAUCAUAAGCAUUCACUAGUUAUAAUCACUCCGCGUAUUUUCAGUUCUAAAAUGUUGUAUUUCGGCUGAUGAGAAAGAACGUUACUCGAUCUUUAAGACCGUUACGACCAUAUGGAAACCAGGCUUAAAUGAGUACAACUCAAGUUGUGAGCAGGUUGCAUGCGACAGUUUUAGGCAAAAGUUGUGUGGUGUAAAUCGGUCUUAAUGCAGUAUCGACUCACCUCUGUAACCAGUAAAGACUGGUUUGCAUACAACACAGAGAACACAGAGAACACACAGUGGUGUAACUUUACCUUUAUGACCACUUGCCCUCAGGGCAAGUUGGACAUGAAAAUUAGUCGCCCUGAAUAAAAUUCACUUGCCAUCAGACAAUGGCCACUGCGGUACAAACGGGGGAUAAAUUAAGGGGACACCAUGUCGACCCGUUCUCCCAUUGCUCUCUAUAUGGCUAUGUUAUACUGCCUCAGAUCUAGCUUUGGCCCACAAAAAAACAAAAUUUGAAUCAAGUACAUGCAGUCAUGCACUAUAAAUCAUUUAUCUGGCAAUGAAAACAUAAACUUAAGAUGCCCAGCUUUUUGUGGCAACGCCCAAUCGGGCAAGCAAGAUAUGCCCAAUCGGGCAAGCAAGAUAAAACAAUUACUUGCCCGUCAUGAUAUUCACUUGCCCCUAGGAUAUAUCCAGAUUAUUUCACAUCCGUAAUCACGACGUGGUUACGACACUAGCAACGUAUUAAUAGACCUUAUGCAUAAUGACGUCACAAGGCUUGAUGCUCGCGAGGAAUGCUGGUCUUAGUAGUCAUCGCCUGGGAAAAUUAAACAAUUCAAAAUGGCCACUAUCGAAAUUAUCCCGAGCGGUGACUUCUAAGACCAGCAUUCUUUGCAGGCAUCAAUCCUUGUGACGUCAUCAUGCAUAAGGUCUAUUUAAUGGUAAACCGGAGUUAACGAAGGCUCAUAUAAACUGUUGAUUAUCUUUAUUUCUAGCUUCAACAAGAGGGUGUAUUUCAAGUCCAACUCACGCCAGCCAUCCUACAACAACUGAGUCAAAAUUCUCUAGACAUGCAAACUCCAAGACAAAAUGUUGUACAUAGUAUUUUAACCCAACCUCUACAUAUUGCUGGGCAAGUGCCAGGGCAGUUACCGCAGAUACAAAUGGCGCUGGCUCAAGUACUUCCGAAUCAAAACGAGGCUCAGGCCCAGGUUCCAACUAACACACAGAACACGCCGCCCCAAGUUCUGGUAAGUACGAGCAGUGUUGGCAUUACAUAUAUAUUGAGCCAGUUUAUAGAAGGGCGUAUAAUAGUUUGUCUACGGCCAUUGAAUACCAGUGCUAAUUAAAAUAUGUGGUUUAAAACUCAAUGUGGGGCGGAAAUAGCACCAAAUCAUGACUUAGGCCAAAGAAAACAUAAAAAAUAUUUUAAAAAACCCGUUACCUCGGAAAUUAAAUAUUUUAAUAAUUCUAGCUUUCGACUAAGAUUCAGUCAUCAUCAGGAAUGAUGCUAGGUUACAUUACAUCGAUAUAUAUAGUGAAGAUUAAGUAAUUUGAUAUGUACAGGAAAGGUAACCUUGCAUCAUUCUUGAUGAUAACCUAUAUAGCAUCAUUCCUGAUGAUGUAACCUAGCAUCAUUCCUGAUGAUGACGGAAUCUUAGUCGAAAGCUAGAAUUAUUAAAAUGUUUCUUUUCGGAGUUACCGUUGUUUUAUAUUUUAUUAAAAUACUCGGUGGUUCCCGUAAUUUUUCCAAAGAAAACAAUACCUGGAUUUCCGGUUUCCCGAGCCUACCUAGCUUUUGGCCACUGGUAUCACCAACUCUAAUCUUUCUGAAGUUUGCAAAGAGUUUGGUGCAAUUUUUCAUACCCAGUUCGUGGCGUUAGUUUUGUACCAGCUAUAUAAACUACACCCGUUGGUUCAACAAAGUAAUAAGGCAUUCAAAUGCCAACAAAGGCUUGAUUUGAAAAGGUAUACUUUUUUUGGAACACCCUGUAGUAUAAAAAUUUCUUUCUUGCUAGGUCCAUACUGUGCCUCUUGCUACAUCGCAACAACAAGAAUCCCAGACAACACAGUCUGAACCAACUGCAACAACACAUCAACAACUGUUACAGCAGUUGUUGCAAGGUUAGUGACAUUUCACGGACAUUUCACGUGUGUUUUUUUGUAAAGUGGUUAUUUUUAUUAAACUCAUAUACAUUUAUUAGACAAUAGACCUGAUCAGGAACAUUUGCGAAAAAUAUAUAUAUAUAUAUAGUGAUGUUACUCUGAGUAACAUCACACAAACAUCUUAUUCACCUGAGUACAUUGCACCAACACGCAGAUUUCAUAAAUAUUAGAUUACACUGAUAUCGAAGGAACUAGACUCAGUUCCGAAAUAUCGCUUGCUCGAACCGUCCUGACCGCGUAGCUCAGUUGGAAGAGCAUUGGGCUAGUGUUCCAAAGGUCGUAGGUUCGAAUCCCGCCGUGGCCAGGCAUAUUUUUCAAGCCUUCCCGGUGUGGAUAUGCACUCAGAGUAACAUCACACAAACAUCUUAUUCACCUGAGUACAUUGCACCAACACGCAGAUUUCAUAAAUAUUUCUAGUAUGUUUGUAUUUAUGUAUGUAUAUAGAAUAACAGUUGAAGGGCCUUUCAAUCAAGGGAGAUGCUAACAAAAUCUCGUUAUUUUUAUUAAUUAUUUUUUAUUAACUCCAAGGUCAAAUGACGGACGUUGUUCAGACAUCUGUUACGUCGACUCAAGCAAACACUCAACCGACACUGAUUGGUUCCCAGCUUCCCGCCACAGUUGCUCUACAAAAUUUGCUCAGUCAGAACUUACAAGGUCAGUUCAUGAGUACAUAUUCAAUGUUUGCACUCAGUUUGCAGGACUCACGCGUGUUUGAUCAACACCGCGGUCAAACGUAAAGCGCAUGUGCGAGUCUACGAAAAUGGCGGGAAAAAAUGACUGCCAAAAUAAUAGGAAUAAACACGAGAAAAGCGUUUACUAUAAGGAAACGGCUAAAGCUAUAAGGUAGGGAAUUUCGCCGCUUUUCCAUGUGGCAAGACGAAGCUAUACUUAGUUUAAACUGUCGUAAUUUCCUCUAAACAUUUUGCUUGAGCUUCGUAAAAACAAUACUGGUUCCAGUCUUUUGAGUGCAUGCGGUAAACACGCGGACGUUUGACAGCGGUGUUUGUUUGAUCGCGGUGUUCUGUCUUUGUAGGUGCAAAUAGUACCCAGACCCCCACGACUUCUCAGCAGCAGCAGCAGCAAAAGGUUUUCGUUGAUCUACAGAAGAUCGUCGAGACGCAGGAACGCGAGGUGCGCGCGCGCCGAGAGCUGGAGGAGAGAUUACAGCAGGCUCGUCGAGAUAGCCGUAAAUAUCAAACGGAGUUACAGCAGGCUCAGAAAGAGGCGGAGUCCUAUAAAGAUCGUCUCCAGGCUAUCAAAGAGAAGGACACGGAAGAUGAGCCCGCUGUUGUUAGUGUCAGUAGCGUAUCGUCUGGUGAACAAUUUGCCCGCCAACUGUUUAUUCAGCCUGGAAGUCUUGAGGUAGUAAUGUAGGCCCUCAUAGUAUACAUUAUAGCUCAUUAAGUGUCACGCAACCGAAGAGACCAUGCACAAAACACGUGACGCUUAGGGGGUACACACGUAAAAAUCUCACAUUUUGUAACAAGUCUGCCAACAAGCUGUCAACACGUUGUGUUCGCACUGCUUGUUGUCCUUGUCAACAAGAUGUGUUCGCAACAGGCUUGUAGCAAGCUUGUCAACAAGUUGUAACAAUGCUGUUAUUUUAUCAAGUCGCUACAAGGUUGUCACUCACAACUUGUUGACAAAUUGUUGAAUUGCAGGACGAUAACAAAUUGUUGGAACAACUUGCUGUUGUAGCAAGUUGUCAACAUGUUGGGAACAAGUUGUUGGAACAGUAUUGCUACAAGACUGCUGCAGGUUUGUUAUACAAGCUGUGCGAUCUUACGUGUGUAGUAUCAGGGAGUACACAAAGCUGUCACGUGAAUCGUUACCACGAAAAACGAUAUCUUGGACUGGCAUGUAGAUCUCAAAAGCUCAAUCCAAAAAAGUUCGAAUUCUAGUCUGUUGAAAAGUAUUAAAAUAAGGAAUGUGGCAAUUAAUGUAAAUAGCAUUGCUAUGAGAACAAUCAAAAUUGAUCCAGCAUAGGUCCCUUUUAUCACCGGGGGGGGGGGUCACAAAUCGGGGGAAAAGCGUCAUGUAUUUUGUGUAUGGCCCUAAUACCUCAGAAGCCAAAAUACUGAUACGUUAAGGUUAAACGUAGAGACCAGACCUUUGCAUCAAUUCCCCAGUUUGGUUGCUGAAAAAUUAAUUUUGAACUUCAUUUGAAAACCACAAACCAUAUUUGACACGUUUUGAUUUGUUGUGUAGGGGCUGGGUUCAAGUAGCAUAAUGACCGCUGACGCAGUAGAUAUGUUGAGUCAGGUGGCUCAGGAGAGUGCAGCAGUGACGCAAGCCGACGUCGAUGAGACCGUAGUGGAUGAAGGAGAUAUUACAUGUACUUAAGGGGAUAUUACAUGUAUGUACGGGGGAUAUUACAUUAGAAUGUAUCAGAAUUUUAAAUAUUUUAAAUUAUAUAAUAUUUUAGUGCAGAAGGUGGUGAGCCUUCAAGAUUAUAAGAUACAAGGGGUCAAGGGCUCCUUAUAAAUGUCUAUUUUUUAAUGAAUACAGAUGGCCUACUGCGAAAUCUCUUGGUAUAUAGACGGGUUUCAAGAGGACUACGUUCACUACUAUAAUGACGGUACGGAUUCGCAAAACGAGCUCAAAUAGUACAAAAAACCCAAAUAUUUUAAUAUAAAGAUAAUAAAAAUAUGCUAAAGUAAAAAAAUAAUAAAAGCAAGAUAAAGACGGCGUUUGUGUUCGCACGAAGCCGCCAAGCGCUCCGUUUUCAUCUCGCUCCGUUCAGAAACCGUGCUCAAAUUGUUACAGCAAAAGUGACGUUUUCAAGCAAUACACUCUUUCGAUAAUUACGUCACAACUACACUGUUUUCAACUUAGGACCACCUUAAAUGGAAAGGAUUUCAAUUUUUUUCUCAUGGGCUAUGCACAGUGAAGCAGAACAUCCUUCAACACAUGCGUGAAAAAAAAUUGGGGAUUUUGAUCAAUAAAUAUGGAAAUAAGCAUUAACACGAAAUUUCGUGUUAAAGCUUAUUUCCACAUUUAUUGGUCAAAUAAAGACUUCUUUUUCAUGCAUGUGUUGAAGAAGGAUGUUCUGCUUCUCUGUGCAUAGCCCAUGAGAAAAAAAAUUGAAAUCCUUUCCAUUUAAGGUGGUCCUAAGUUGAAAACAGUGUAGUUGUGACGUAAUUAUCGAAAGGGUGUAUUUGUGAUGAACGUAGUGCGGAUUAUUUUCAAACAAUUUGUGAACGUAGUGCGGAGCAUGAUUUUCAAUCUAAAAGGAAAGACCAUUUUCGCUACAAAAGUAUCGAGCGCUGACAUUAGAGACCUUACGAUGUAGGACGACAACGCGACGUCGACGGCCAGAAUAAAGUCAUUCAAAUAAACGAUUGGAAAGAAAGUUUGUAGACUAUUAUUGAUCGUAUCAAUUUAAUACUGUUUGGUUAGCUUGAAAUAGUGGCUUUAUUGUUGAGAAAGUUUCACCGCCGUACUGAGCUAAUUUGCUGAGUAUCACUUCUCGCGUCUUGAAAUGCAGGACGUAAAAAUCUGUAGUUUCCCGUUGUUAAACAGACCAUGGAUGACGUCUCAAACUCCCGUGGGAUAUUAAUUUUUUUUCUUAAAUAUCAUGAAUAUCAUUGUAUGAACAGCCGUCAUCGUCACGUUGUUGUUGUCGACGAAAAACUUGAAGCCCGCCUACAAUCCAGGUGUAAUCACAUGUAAAUAUACCGUUGUGUAACGUUGUUUCUCUCUUUGUAUACGCAGAUAGCAAACCAACGCAAUAUCAUUUAUAGCAGGCCCUAAUUGCCUGUAGUACAUUUCCCAUUCUUUAUAUAGCCUCCUUCUCAAGGAGUUGGUACUACAUGUAUAUUGACGAUAGCAUAGAACAGUGUAAAGUUCUUAGUUUUAAACAAGAAAUAUUGUAACUGAAUGAAAUAAAGAAAAGAGUAACUGAAAG